UAGAUUUGUGGAAAAUGAAAAUGACUAAUUCCUACCAACAUUUAUUCAACAAAGGAAAGAAGAAUGAGUGAUAUCUCUAAGCAUCUAAUGCAUCUUCCACUUAGUGUCUCUUCCAUUCAUUUCAAACCUCAAGCUUACUCUCAUCUCAUCAUUCCUUGCUUAUUAUACUAAGAUAACCAAAUUAUGACUAACACUGCUAAGGAGUUCCCUGACUUCUUCAAAGUCUUCCUCACAGAGAAGCACUCUGACAGAAUGCUUAUCCCAGUUGCUUUUGUGAAGCUAAUGCAUUCAAAAAGGAAAGUAAUUAGGGAUUUUAUCCUCAGAGAUCAUAGAGGAAGAGAUUGGAAUGUAAAAUCACGUCGUAUUGGUAUCAAGCAUUAUUUUGAGGAUGGUUGGAAGCGAUUCAGAGAAGAAAAUUCUUUAGAGGAAAAUGACUUCCUUUUUUUUACACAUGUUGAAAAUAAUGUGUUCAAGUUCAAAAUCCUUGAAUUCUCAUCAAUGUGUGAAAAGAUGAAGGAAAUAGAUGAGGAGGAAAACAAUAAUAUGAUGGAGAAUCAUGAAAAUGACGAUGGUGGUGAUGCUGCUGCUGCUGCUGCUGAUGAUGAUAUAAUGGUAGAGGAAGAUGAUGAUGAAGAAGAAGAAGAUGAUGAUGAUGAUGAUGAUGAUGAUGAUGAUGACGAUGACGAUUUUGCUGAUGAUGACGAGGAAGAGCAUGAUGAGUACAUAAUUAAAGAAGAAGAAGACGAAGAAGAGAACGAAGAAGUGUACGAGAAAUUUAGUGAAAGUGAACCUCAACAUAGUAGAACAUGCAAACAUUGGGACAUUGGAAGCAGCACUGCAGAUUCAAAACUUGAACAUGAUGAAAUUAAUGCUGAAAUGUAUGUCCAACCAGGAAAUCCACACUUCAUCGUGAAACUUCUUCGUUACAGACCCAAUGAAUUGCACAUUCCAACGAAUAUUAUUAAGGAUUUCUGUCUUUGCUUCACAAAAUAUAUCAACCUUGUAUGUUGCGACUGCAAGGAUCUUCAAAGCAAUGACCUAGAAGACUAUCAUCAUAUGCUGCCACAGAUGAACCCAAACCAUAUCGAAAAGAGAGGAAAAGUACGUACAUGGACAAACGGCCGAUGCGUGGUGAAAGGGUGGGUAGAAUUUUGUAAAAUGAGCAAUAUCAGUGAAAAUGAUACAUGCUUGUGUGAAAUUGUGUUGCGUGACCACAAUGAAGCAAUAGAAAUGCUAAGGUUGCACGUCGUUAGGAAAGAAUGAAGCAUGGAUGCAACAGUGAUGUUAACUUCAAACUUGGUUAUCUAUAAAACAUUACUACUAUGAAGUGUUAUUUUAUAACUUGUUAAUAAUGGUUUCUGUAAUGACAUGACUAUGGUGAUCACUUUCAUCUAUGUCUUAUUGUUAGUAUUUAGCUUGCACUAUUAUCUAUGAUGAACACUUAUGAAAUGGUUGAAAUGUUAUUGCUAAUUAUUUUGAUUAUGA